AUUUCGUUUAAAUAUUUUUGAAUAGUAGUGACACCUAGAUUAAUUAAUUUUGAAAGUAAAAGCUGUGAGAAUACGUACAUUUCUUUUUUUUAAAUAUCUAAGUAUCAUUUGGAUAAGAAAUGUCGAACGAAAAACAAAAUUUUGAUAAAAACUCGCGCAGCAGUGGUGACGCAUAUCAGAAUCUUUGCCGAAGCAAAAUGGCGUCGUGUGAUGUUCAACAACAAAGUUUAUAUAAACCAUUGAAUACACCCCAGAAAAUUGAAGUUCUGGGUAAAAUAGUGAAGAAAGAUGUGGACGAGCAAAAGGAAGAUGAAAUUAAAACAAAGGAGCAAGCUAUCAUAGAGUUAGGAGAUUUAUUUGCAUCUACAGGAAAGGCUGAUGAAUUGGCGGGUUUAAUUAAAUUUACUAGACCAUUUCUGCGUCUUGUUAGUAAAGCAAAGGCUGCAAAACUUGUUAGAAGUUUGGUAGAUAAGUUUCUAGAUAUGGAAGCAGCCACGGGAAAGGAAAUAAUCUUGUGUCAGGAAUGCAUUGAAUGGGCAAAGGAGGAAAGAAGAACAUUCUUGAGACAAGCACUUGAGGUAAGACUUAUCGACCUAUAUUAUCGCUCCAACACCUUCGAUUCUGCGAUAAAAUUAACAACCAAUCUACUGCGAGAAUUAAAAAAAUUGGAUGACAAAGCCCUUUUGGUUGAGGUUCAAUUAAUUGAGUCUAAAACGUAUCAUGCGUUGAAUAAUUUUGCUAAAGCAAGAGCAGCAUUGACAUCAGCGAGAACUACAGCUAAUGGAAUUUAUUGUCCACCGAAACUACAAGCAGAUCUGGAUGAACAAUCGGGAGUAUUGCACGCUGCCGAUGAAAAAGAUUUUAAAACAGCUUUUUCAUACUUUUAUGAAGCUUUUGAGGGAUACGAUUCAAUUGAUAGCCCAAAGGCUGUAAUAUCCCUCAAGUACAUGCUGUUGUCGAAAAUUAUGCUGAACCAGCCUGAUGAAGUACAGGCUCUUGUAGGCGGAAAAUUAGCUUUAAAAUAUAAAGGUCCAGAAAUUGAUGCUAUGAAAAGUAUAGCAACAGCAGCAAAGAAACGAUCUCUAGCUGACUUUAAAAAAACUGUCGAGCAAUAUAGGCAGCAACUUCAACAAGAUAGAAUUGUUCAAAGUCACUUGGAUUCUUUGUAUGACAAUUUGAUGGAACAGAAUUUAUGCCGUUUGAUUGAACCAUUUUCUCGCGUUCAGAUCCAGCAUAUUGCCAAUUUAAUAAAAUUGCCCCUGGAUACUGUAGAGAAGAAAUUGUCUCAAAUGAUAUUGGAUAAGAAGUUCACUGGAAUAUUGGAUCAAGGUACAGGUGUUUUGAAAGUUUUCGAAGAGCAACCAACAGACGAAACUUACGCCAAUUCUUUGGAAACUAUACAAAGUAUGGGAAAAGUAGUCGAUUCAUUGUAUAAUAGAGCAAAAAAGUUGUCAUAACGGCCAAGACCAUCUUAUUCACAAGCAAUAUUCACUUAAAACUUUAAAAAAAAUUCCCUUUUUUUUGUUUUUUUUAUUGAAAGAGGAGUAAUGCUUGUAAAAAGAAAAAAAAAACAACAUUAACCUGCUGUUUUGUACAACCCAAUAUUGCCUUUAAACCUAAUGUAAGGAAGGACAACGAAACUUUAAAUAAAAUUUAAUUUAAUAAACCAGUCAAUCAAACUAUUUUCUUUGAAUGUACGUUCGUUCCUAUGCAAUAAAACAAAUAUUCUUUUUGCCUUUACUUAAACUUUUAAGACAAUCAAGAGAGAGAUAAUGAUAUUUUCGCCUGUCUUCAGUUUUUUUCUUAAUAGUUUGAAUGAAAUAUGUUUUUUGCCCAAAAUAUCCAUCUUUUUUCGUCUAGUAAAGUUUUCUGCUAAAUUUUUAUUUGUUUGUGUAUACUUUUAUAUAAAUUUUUUUUCUUUUUUAUUUAAAGUUGCACAUUGUCGGGCUAAAUCAUUAAAACUUCAAUAAAUUUACUAAAUUUUUG